UACCCAAGUCCCGAUCCUUUGAAAUUACACGUACUUGUGAGCGAGAGAGAUACCUAGGUACUGCCUAGGUACUUGACAUGCCUACAGGAGAUAGAAAAGAGCCGCCAAGGAAUGGAGAAGAAUGGCCAGUCCUGGCCAGUCGUAAGAUCCUCCUGGCCUUACAGGCUGACGUAAGAACGAGUACAGAAUCGUUACAGAAUCGGUACUAAUUGCUACUAAAGCGUUCAUGGGCCAAUAAUCUAAUGCCUGCUACCUCCUAAAGGACAAGCCGAGCAGCCACAUCGUGGUUCCCUACUCAGCCUCUGUGUCGGUUGUACUAGCGAUGAUUCAAGCCAGAAAGGGGCGUUGCUGACAUGGGUACAAAAGCCGAUAAGCUCUCAAUUCGCUGGCUUACUUAAAGUAGCACUGAACGUCCGACCUUUCGAUAUAGGACGUUUUCUAAAGACCACGCCAAUUGAUUUUUCAAUGGCAACAACGAUGCAACAGAGAAGAUCGCACAAGAAGUCGCGACGUGGAUGUUUGAAUUGCAAAAAGUGGCACACCAAGUGUGAUGAAUCAGGUCCGCCUUGUAACAAUUGCCUUCUGCGGAAAGCAAACUGCGAAUAUGCCUGGCAGAAAGGUCUGGUGCAGGCCAGAAAGUCUCCGUCCAGCCAAACUUCGGACGACGGCAGUCUGAGCGAGCCGUGCGGCCUUGUCAUGAAGGAAAGCCGGAGGAUGCUGGAACUCGAAUUGAUGCAUUUUUGGUCAACCGAGACCUACAAAGGCCUCUGCAGUGUGCCCGAGGACCACCAUUACAUGCAAUUCGUCGUGCCACAAGAAGCUCUGCGCUAUGAUUUCCUGCUGAAUGGCAUAUUCGUGGCGGCUGCCCUCCAAAGGUCUACGAUGGUACAGGAGCCAGAAGCGAGAGGUUAUUACAAUAUUGCGAUGGAGCUCUACGACAGAGCGAGCAAGUCGUUUCGAAUACAUCUAGACAGAAUGGACCCAACGACACAUCAUGUGCUUUACAUAUACUCUAGUAUGACGGCCUUCAUCAAUAUCGCAUUUUCUCAAUGCAAUUAUAUGGAGGGUAACGAGCUCAAUACUUUAUCCACGGUGGCCGUGGCUUUCGACCUUCUAAACGGCAGCGUCAAUAUUGCAAAGACGGAUUUUCAAGGGCUCCUCGAUAGUCCUGUUCCCUUGCGUGCAUAUCUGAACUACGGCCUCGCGUCAGCCGUUGCCUUGCACCCAGACACGCGGACGGCGCUCGCUCGUCUUGAUAAUCUGAAUGAACAGUACCAUAGUUCCCGCCAUCAUCGACUUACGCCCCUGGCGAGCGACGAGAUGAGCGUCGCGACCACCCCAGCCAGCGAUACGCUCUCAACGGCUUCCACGACUUCCGCAACAUCCAAUACGCCGUGGAAGGUUGCCGUUGCGUUACUCCAGCACUGUUUCGCGGAAGAGCAGCGGGCCAUUUUACGCGGUUUUUGCUUCGUGUUCCCGGGCGGCGCGGGCCCGGACUUCACGGCGGCCGUCAAGGUCUCUGACCCCAUGGCUCUGCUCAUCCUCAUGCACUGGGCUGUACUGAUCGAGCGCGCUGGCAACGAUUUCUGGUGGGCCAGAGGCUUGGGGAAGCGGCUGACCAUCGGCACCUGGAAAGCGAUGCAGCUGUGCCCGCCCAGAUCUCCCUCUCCAGCUCUCUUGACUCCCCAGUGGGGGGAGAGCAUCUCUUGGGUUUGCGGGCAAUUGGGGUUACCGGAGUUUGUGCAUACAUAGAUUUGGACAUUGGAGGUACGGAUUGGUCCUUCAAUUAGGAGUCGUGCAGCUUGGCGUUCAGGUUGACAUUGAUUCCAUGAGAUACACAUACAUAUACCCGAGUCACUGUAGACUCACUACUACAGAAUGGCUCUGGAUAGAGCGUCUAGAUCGUUCUUGGGUUAUAAUCGGAAAAUUCGAAUCAGUUCGUUUGUCGUAAUCUUAAGAUACUAUCGCAUGUUCGGGUUCCUGGCCAAACACUUUCCCCCU